AUGGAUCGACCCGGAUUCAUAAUCGAACCCGCCGAAGCCAAAUCCAUGGCUGAAGCUUCCUCUCUCACUCUCACCCAACUCCUCCCUUCCCUCAUCACCUCCGCCCAAACCCUUGCCCGCCCACCCAUCUCCAACUUCCGCGUCGCGGCUGUCGGGCUAUCCCAAUCGGGUCGGAUCUUAAUCGGAGUCAACGUCGAAUUCCCUUGUCUCCCUCUUCAUCACUCCAUCCACGCCGAACAAUUUCUCCUCACAAAUCUCUCUCUCAACAAUGAAGCCAAUCUCCAGUCCUUCGCCGUCUCCGCCGCACCCUGUGGCCACUGCCGACAGUUCCUCCAAGAACUCCGCGGAGCACCCGACAUUCAAAUCAUCGUAACCUCGGAACCCAACCCGAAACCCACUUCGCUCUCUCGAUUUCUCCCACACAGAUUCGGUCCACACGAUCUUCUCCCUCAACAAACUCCACUUUUCUUGGAACCACGUAACAACAGGUUAACACUACCCAAUGGUGUUUGCAACGGUGAAACGCUUGAUACGAAGUUAAAGAUUGCAGCCUUGGAGGCUGCGAAUAAAUCACACGCCCCUUAUAGUGAUUCACCAUCUGGGGUGGCUAUUGUGGAUUGUUAUAGAAAAAUCUAUAAAGGUUCUUAUGUUGAGUCUGCGGCGUUUAAUCCUAGUUUGGGUCCUCUUCAGGCUGCGGUGGUGGUGUUUAUUGCCGGAGGUGGAGGUGAGUAUGAUGAGAUAGUGGGUGCUGUGUUGGUGGAGAAGGACGGAGCUGUGGUGAGACAAGAGGGAACUGUUAGGUUGUUGCUGAAUGCUAUUUCUCCUAAGUGUGUGUUGCAGACUUUUCUAUGUUCCGUUGAUCAGUCUUCGGUUUGA